AUGAUUAGGAAGAAGGUGAAACUUGCCUUUAUCUUGAAUGAUUCGGCAAGAAAGAGAACCUACAACAAGAGAAAGAAGGGUAUCAUUAAGAAGGUGAGAGAGCUCACUACUCUUUGUGAUAUUCCAGCCUGUGCUAUAAUUUCCAAUCCGUUUGAUUCUACAACAGAGGUAUGGCCAAAUAUGGAGGGAGCUAUACAGGUGAUUGAGAGGUACCAAAAUGCAUAUAUCAAACACAAGAAAAAUAAUGUGGACCAAGAAAGUUUUCUUUUGCAACAGAUUACUAAAACCAGGGAACAACUAGAAAAGCAAAGAGAACAGAAUAAUGAGAAUGAGCUGGACAUUCAUAUGGUUAGGCACUUGCAAAACCAAGAGUUGCCUGAUGAUUUGACUGUUACAGAUUUAAGAGAUUAUGAUAAGCUAAUUGAGAAAAAGAUGAAGGAGAUUGAUGACAAGAUUGUUGCACUCAGUUUAUGA